AUGGUUGAACAAAUUGUUCAUUUUAUGCACUCUACUCUUGAUGUAUAUUUGGGUCAAGGAGUGACCACUCUUUUUCCACCACUUUCAGAUGCUGGCAAAGACACUGUGUCAUUUACAAGUUCACAACAAAUCUUGAAUAUGUUUUAUGGAGCAUCAUUAUUGAUAAUACCUCGUGAUUUUGAAGUUAGCAAAUUUAUUUUGGUAUUAACACCAUAG